CCGAAGCUCUGCUGUAGCGCUUGUGCGAGUAUGGGGUCGGACAGUCGGGUUGGGCGCAGAGGGUGUUCAGUGGGCGAUUAGAGUGUCUAUAUCAUGGUUGGCAGUUUGAGGGCGAGACUGGGAAAUGCAUGCGGAUUCCACAGCUGGCAGAGGGGGCAAAGAUCCCACAAGCAGCGUGCUUGACAACCUACCCUGUUGUGGAGAAGGAUGGAUACAUCUUUGUCUUCAUGACAUGUACAAGAGACUUGCUUCGGGGCGAUGAGAACGAAAAGAACAGGAACAGCGAAUCUUCCUCGAACACCAACUUCCUAGAUAAAGCUCUUCAGAAGCUUCCGGAUUUUUCAUAUCCAGGUUUCAACAUUUCAGAUUCACUCUCGGACCUUCCUUACGAUCAUUCUUUUCUCAUUGAGAACAUUAUGGAUCCUGCCCACCUCCACAUCUCGCAUGACGGAAUACCGGGUGGUGGGCGUCGAGCUUAUGCAGGUCCAAUGAAAAUGCAGAUUGUUGAACGAUCAGAUCGCGGCUUCAAGGGCAUCUAUCCCAUCACAGACCGACCAAAUUUACCAGCAAAGGUUAUGGUGCUCGAGUCCCAAUUCCUUGCGCCAUGCCAUGUGAUCAACUUCCUGUGUUACUCGUCCGAAGGGUAUCAUGUCAAUCAGGUGGAUGAGAAGGGUGCUGGCAAUUUAUAUCAGGUAUCCAUCUUUUCCUGUGUUCCUCUUGGCUUUGGCCGUUCCAGGCUGUUCAGCAGAGSGUACCUGAGGARUAAYAUAAUAAAUYRCAUUCCUCKCUGGUUYWUMCAUCUGAAUGSUACAWURRUCCUCGAACAAGACAUGGGCYUGCUCGCAUCUCAAGAGGCAUAUGCUCGUGSRCUUCUGAGAGRCAGGYCACUAAGCAGGCUGUACCUCGCACUGGAKACAUCCGAUCUCCUUCUSAUKGAAUAUMGGAAAUGGCUYGAUAGAGUUGGCCAUGGCAUGCCAUACUAUGARGGCUAUAGGACSUCCAAGCUUGUGGAUGACGCAUCRCKAGUCAAUGGUGGGAUGCAUGUCUAUCCCACACCAGCAGCAGCAGUGGCUGCCUCAAGUGCUGUGCAGGGCAACAUCGGUUCCAUGUAUUUGCCGAACCCAACUAACAGGUACUGGUGGCAUGUGGUGAACUGCUCUACUUGCUUACGAGCGCUUAAGAACUUCCGCAUCCUGCGGAACGUUUGUGUAGGUCUUUCUUUAUUAACGGGCGUUACUGCACUGCUUCUGGGCCCAGGAAAGCAGCGAGCAACCACAGGACUUGUUUGUGGCAUCAUGAUUGCUGCUGCAUAUGCCAUACAAAGUCAGGCCAUUUCCAGGUUCCAGAUGGCCUGGAUACGCCCUCACAGGAGAUAAGAUGUGUUCCAAGCCUGAGAUAAAUCUGCUCACAGCUUCAGGAGCAAUCUAUCUUCUCAAAAGUUUAGUCUAUAAACAAGGACUUGAACUCCAGACCUGUUAUCAAUGGUUGCAUGCGUAUACUGCUCAGCCACCAGGCAGGUGCAAUCUUUUCAUUGUUCUUUUUCAUCUCAACUCUAUCAUCACUUCCUCUUUUCAUUUAUUCGGCUCUUCAUCUCUACUAUGUGUACACUACGGAGAUCACCCACCAACCAGUACCUCUCCCUAGUCCAUGGGGUAGGUUUUGCGCCAGUAUUCUUAGUGUGGGUGGCAAGAGUGGAGCUGUAACGGCCCUCUCGCCUCGGUGAUGGGGGACUUGGGGGGCAAGACCAGCAGUCCGUAGCACUGCGGCCAGUUGUUGCAUCUCACAUUUACCCCUACCCAGCCUACGUUAGAGGUGUCUGCUAGCCAGCAGUGUUGAGUGAAACACGACGAUGUUGACUAUGGCCCUGCAAAUGCUGGUCUGGGGCGCCAGUUGAGUAUCUCUAGAUGGGAAGGCACCAAGUUUGCCCAGGCAAGAACAUACGCCCAAUGAGAAAUUUAUCCGAGAUCUUCUGGACGCAACUUAUUUGCCUUACCAACUGAGUAUUACACCCAUUCGCCUGUCAGAAGCGACCUAACAUACUCUGAAUGUACAAAAUAGCUUUAAAUUUCUGUGUUUGCUUGUUUCUUAACCGCUACUGAGGAGUUGGAGACAGACAGGCAGCUUAUGAUGUCAGCCACGGGGCGCACUUCAACAUAUUACCCCUCGUUUUUUUCAAAUGUGGGAAACCCAUCAUUUCAUGGUAACUCUACGACAUGAUUCUUGCUCACAAGUCACCCACCAAUCGACGUUUGUUGCUGUUCGCUGAAUCGGCCAACGCGCUUGCAGGACAAAUCGCUGCACUUGGUGCAAAAAAGUGUGUAGAGCUGCCCUCUGCUGAAAACUUUGUUUUAGGGUGGGUUUCUUCACACCUGUCCUCUAUUACGUGGCAUGAUUCUUGCUCACAGCUAACCAUCUGAUGUUGGUCACUGUUUUGCUGAAUUGGCCAACAACUUGCUUGCUGUAGGAAUCAUUGGUCGUCUUGGCGAACAAGUGUGCAAAGUGCUUUCCUCUGCUGAAAACUAUGUUCGUGGAUGGCUUUCUCCACACUUACUCCUCUGUAUUUCGACAUCAUUCUUGCGCACUACUCUUCAAUGAAUGUCCAUCGCCAUUUGAUGAAUCGCCCAACUCGCCUGCUGGUUAAAUUGCUGGUUGACUUGGUUAACAAGUGCUUGUAGUAGGACAGCCCUGAGCCCUCUGCUGAAAACUAUGCUUAUGGCUGGCUUGCUUCACACUUCUCCUCAGAGUCUGUACCUUGCACAGUGAUUCUUCCUCACAACUAACUGAUUGACGUUCAUCGCCAUUCGCCGAAUUGCUUGUUGACUCGGUGAACACGUGUGUAAGACUGCCCUCUACUCGAAACUAACCAUACAUUUAUGGCUGGCUUUCUUCAGACAUCUCUAGUGUAACAAAUCAAUGUCAAAAAAAAAAAAAAAGUCAAUGGCCCAGCAUAACUGCUACGGACCAGAGGGGCCUGGAGGGCUUUCUCCAGCACUUCAACAAUGACCAUGUGUGGCAGUCUGGACUUCAUUCUGUGGUUGGGAAGGGAAUUGUCUAGGAUAAAUUAAGAAAUCCUAG